AUGAAAGAUUUCAAGGUCAUUCAUAAAGAUGUUGAAAAGAUGAGGCCACUAUUUGUUGAAGCUAAAAUACCAAUUUGUUAUAUAGGGAUUGAGUGGGAUUUGGUGUGCGAUAAUGCUGUGUAUGUAAGCAUUGUCAACUCGACAACAUUUCUACUGUUCAUCAUUGGUUCUAUGUUGUCCAGUCUUGUAAGUGACAAAUUUGGAAGAAAAACCGUGGUUUAUCCGUUUGGUCUGUUUGCAUGUCUUUGUGGAUUCCUAUCAGCCUUUGCUCAAACGUACUGGGUAUUUGCAUUGUUCAGGGCUCUUGCUGGAAUUGGUAUCGGUGGCUUUACCAUUUGCUCAUUUGUAUUGGUGAUUGAGUACACCGGUGAGCCUUACCGUAGCAGAGUUGGAUUUUCUAUCUGGUAUGCAUGGGUUCUCGCUCUAGCGCUGUUAGCACUUUUAGGAUAUCUUAUUCCAAGCUGGCGAACCUUGAGCAUCGCCACAAGUGUACCAGGCGUAGUUUCUGUGAUUUUCUGGUGGUUUUCUCCUGAAUCUCUACGAUGGCUGAUAGUUAAAGGGCGAACGAACGAGGCAAUCAAAGUAUUGCAGGAUGUUGCUCGAGUUAACAAGAAAGUCCCUCCUGAUGAUGAUGUUGUAUUCGAGAAGUCCGGAAUAACGGAAAACCAAAAACUCGGGAACAUAAAAGAUCUGUUUGCGACAAAAAAGAUUGGUUUGAGGACCCUUAUUUCAUGGUACUGCUGGGCAGUUUCUGGCUUAGUAUACUAUGGCAUUUCUCUAAGCACUCCAUCCGUUGGUGGAAACAUGUACCUGAAUUUUUUCAUUAGCGCUGUGUGUGAAGGCAUUGGGAUGAUGAUAGGGAUAUUCUUGUUACCUGGCAGGAAAAGUCAUUUCAUCGAUGGUACUCGGCAAAGUAUUCAUCGUCAUUGUCUUCGAUGGAGUGUAUAUUUACACAAGCGAAAUGUUUCCCACUGUGGUCAGGAAUACCGCUAUGGGCACAUCGACGUCUGCUGCUCGAAUUGGGUCAGCCACCGCACCUUAUAUCAUAUAUUCGGAGCGUGUGCAUGCUCUAAUACCGUUCAGCUUUAUGGCAGUGGCUGCUGUAGUUUGUGGAAUACUGUGUUUGUUACUACCCGAAACAAGCAAAACAUCCAUGCCAGAUACGAUCCAACAAGUCUAUAACAMUACUGGUAAUAAUGAAARUGAUARUGCGCAAAUGACGAGACUAUGAAACAUCAAGGAUGAAGACGACGSCAAUCAAAAAGUCAUGCAGAUCGAUGAUGGUUACAUCAACUGUACACUUGCUUUCAAUAAUUAGUGAAGCUUCGUCACCUCUUGAACAAGAAUAUUUAUUUUAACUAAGUUUUGCUCUCCCUUUCUAGAUUAAAAAAAAAAAACUCUUUUCACCACCAUAACCUGUCAUACAAGUAGAAGGCAUUUCAUGUUAGAAUUGAUAUACAAAUAUAAUCAGAACUUUGAGAUACGUUCUUAAAUAGUCCAUUUUAUAGAGUUGGCUGUGCAUAGACUGAAUACUUCAACGGCGUAACGUCAUAUUCUAGGUGAGCAUCACCUUUCUUAAGUUUCAUAUGGGUGGUUUACCYCUGGAAUCACAGGGUAUUAAAUGGCUCUAACAUA